CCGGCUUCAGAUAGUCCAAAAAAUAAUGAAAUGGAUGAACUUUUAAAGAAAGCAAAAGAACUCAUGGCUACAAAAGAUAAAAUCGAAGAGCAAUUAAACGAAUUAGAAGAUGUACUAAAUAGUGCAGGCAUUGAUAUGAAUGAGCCUUUAGUUGACACUUCAGGAUUCCCUCGAGCAGAAAUUGAUGUAUAUAACGUUAGAAAUACACGCAGUUUAAUUCAUCGUUUACGUAAUGAUCAUCGUGCUACCAUGUCAGAUAUUGAAAAGAUUCUGCACAAAAUUCAUGAAGUUAAAAAAAAAGAGCAAGAAUCUAGCACAGUAGAAAAUAAUAUCAAUGUUAAUAAUAAUAAUUCAGAAAUUAAUAAGGAUGUAACUGAAAGAUUAGUUGCUUUUGCAAAAGUCAAUGCUGUAGCACCUGAUUCUCCAGCAUAUACUGCUGGAUUGCGUAGAAAUGAUCAUAUUUUGAAAUUUGGCCAUAUUAAUUCUAAUAAUCAUGAACGACUUCAAGCUUUGAAUGUAUUGGUUAGUCAAAGCGAAAAUCGACCAGUACCUUUAACUAUUCUAAGAGAUGGACAAAAUCUUAAUUUAGUUGUUACACCUAGAUCAGGAUGGGGUGGAAGAGGCACAUUAGGAUGUCAUAUUUUACCACUAUAAUUCACCAUAUUUGUAACAUGUAUCAUUCUUAUUUCGAAUAAAAAACAAAAUAAGAGUAAUGUUUUUUUUUAUAA